GUUCAAGAUAACAGCUGUUAUGUGCUCAGUAAACGAGGUGGAUUUUGAUGGUGUUGAACGAUGGAUGGAAAAGAAAUCCGGUGUGCUGGUUGGAGACCCAUGCAAAAAGUGCAGGGAAAGGAAGGCUGUGGUUGUUCUCAGGUUUCGGGACGCAUACUGCAGGGAAUGUUUCUUAGCUGCUGCAACUCAUAAGUUUAGAGCAUCUCUUGGUAAAUCGAAGAUAGUCAGACCAAGAGAUCAUGUUCUUAUUGCAUUCUCAGGUAGCCAGGCUUCAACUGCCUUGCUUCACUUGGUGAAUGCAGGACUGAAUGAGGAUAGUCACAAACGCCUGAUGUUUACCUGUUCUGUUGUUUAUAUUGACGAAGGAGCAGUAGUUGAAUUAUCUCCAUAUGAGCGUAACGAAAUUUGCACUUCUGUCAUCCAACAAAUCACCAAAUAUAAUCUCCCACUGUAUAUUACUACUCUAGAGAGGAGUUUAGGAAAUGUAGAUGAAAGCUGCUACUACAGCCAUGGUGACAUCACAUAUAACAUUGAUGAUCAUAAGGAACUGCAGUUGAAGAAAUUAAUGGGUUCUAUUUACAGUUUGACUGGGAAAGAGGAUUUACUUCUUAAAUUACGGAAUCAGCUUCUCGUGAAGAUAGCCAAAAGGCUGAAGUGCACAAAAAUAUUCUCGGCAGACACUGCAGAUCACUUGGCCGUGAAGUUAUUGAGCAGUGUAGCUCUUGGACGAGGAGCUCAACUUCCACUGGAUAUUGGUUUCUGUGACACACGGGAUCCAGAUGUUAUGUUACUCCGGCCAAUGAGAGACUUUAUGAAGAAGGAAGUUGUGUUUUAUAACAUCUUCAACAAACUGGAAUCAGUUUUUAUUCCUUCUCUGGGAACAAAGGCCAAUGCACAUGUAAGCAUUCAGAAACUAACGGAGACAUUUGUCACAGAUCUUCAAGAAGAUUUCCCAGCAACUGUGUCUACAAUAUUCAGGACAGGGGAUAAACUGAACAUGGCCAAUAGCAUGACUGAGGCUGUUGAACACUGUGCCCUCUGCCAGGCUCCUGUGGACACCACAACCACAGUGUCAUCAGCUCUUCAGGCAACAGAGUUUUCGCGCAUGGUGUCAACUCUUGGACCAUUUCGCUUUGAUAGUAAAUCCAUUGGCACUCUAAGUAAUGCCAUGUCAGAGCCUAGUGAUGGUGAACAAAAACUACUGAUGUCACAUAAAGACAAGUCAGACGAUGCUGUAAAGUACUGUAGUACCUCAGGAGUAACAUCCACAAGCAGGAAGAAAGGCACUUGCAGAGAAGAUGGAGAAGGUUGUCAGUGUUCCAGAAACAGCCUCAGUAUAACAUUACCAGAAGUAGAGGCAUGCUUCUGUUACAGCUGUAGACUUAUUGCAAGAGAAAUGGCGACAUUAGAAGUUCUACCUGCAGAGGUCAUAUUAAACAUCAAAGAACAGCUGAAGUAUAAGGAAAUGAGAAAAGAAAUUGCAGAUUUCCUAUUAUAGUAUUUAAAUUUACAUCUUAAACCAAAUAAGAUCACUGUGUCCAACAGCUGUGUUAUUUCAUUGCAGAAUAAGUCUUCAUAAACAUAGUACUAUAAUUUCAGUCAGUUAAGAUUUCUAGCUAUUUAAGAGAAAUCAAACUGCUGAUGAAUGUAAAUAAGUGCAUAGUUCUUUUUUAUCAGACAUGAACUCACAUCAGUUGGUACAAAUUCUUUUUUAUUUCAAUUUUUAAAUUAAAAAUAGGAACAAUUUUGGAAGUAUUUUUUAUGUUUUAGAAAAAUCAUGCUACAAUGGUCAAUAUUUUUUAAUGGAAUAUUAUGCUAAAAUAUGUUAGCAAACAAAAGAAAACUGUAAUAUUUAAACUCUGUGUAAUAUAUAUUAGUUUCUAGAUAAUAAAUUCUUUUUUUCUCAUGAAUGUAGUAAAUUAUAUACUAUGCAAUCAUGUACCUGGGUCACUGAUUUGUAAAGUACAUGUAUGAUGGUGGUUCAAGGUUAACCUGCACUCUGAGGGUGUAGGCAGUGGAAAAAUAAAACUCUUAUGGACGUUGAUGGCAA